AAUAUUAUGUACAUUUAUGAUUUAUUUUGUUUUUACCUUCUAUCCAAAAACCUAUUCAUUAUUUUGUAGUUUACAAUAAAGCUUAAUUUUGUUAAUAAUUCAGCCGGUACGAUUGCAGUUUGUUAGACAUGGACCACAUGCGGCUGGAGAGGAUAAAGUAUGACAGAAGAAUCGCUCUAAUAAGGGUAAUAAUCAUGAGAUGCACAUCUGUAUAAAUGACGAUGUAGAGCAACUAUGGGCUAGUGAGAAUAUUGACAUGAAAGUCUUUAACGAACGCACCAAUACAGUGUCGACGACCACAACAUUAAAUAGCAAAUAUGAUCCAAUGACAUCACUUGCAACAUCACCGACACCCUCAUUUAACAUGGAAAAUGGCGCAAAGUCAGCGAUAAAUUCAAAUUUAGUUAAUAAAUUAUGUAAAAGUGAUAAACUCAUUACCUGAAUUAAUUUAAUAUAGUUGAACAAUUAUUUCAAAUCCAUAGAGAGAUUCUUAUAUAUUAUAUUUACACACACAGAUUAUCUACAAAAUGCUUAAAUCAAAUAGAAUUAUUUAUUUUUCAUACUUUAAGUGAG